AUGACAGCAAUUCGGUCCCCCAUUCUUAAACAAACCUGCGGCUUUAAACCUCAGAAGCCCUCUCGAAUUCCUCAGAGAGUAAAUCGCUCAAGCAAUCCCGCGUCUCGAUAUAAGACUCGGGACUACGAAGUUUCUUCGCCUCUUCCCGCUGAGGUUACCCGUUGUAUUCUCAUUCGAACCCAAACCAACACUCUGGGGCGUGUAACCGCCAACGAAUAUAUAUCAAACCAAAUACAUUCUCUGAACGGGGAGAAAGAAGAUCUCCAGCGGAGAUUGGUAGUCAUCGAAGCGAAGAUACUAGCUCUCAAUCAGGCCGCCAGUGCUCAAACAUCGGAUACCGCAAAAGGGGGGAUUCAGACCCUUAGUCCUUCCUUCGAAGAUGAUUUGUGGGAUAAGGAAUGUUUUGGGAUGGGUGGGGUCCAGGACGGAAAUGAUGAAGUUGGCCCUGCUCUACGGGCACUGGGUCAGGCAAUCAAAAAUUAUCAAUCCCAAAUAUGUCUUGAUGCCACCCCAAUCUAUACGCCGUUUAUAUAG